GGAUUUUAUUUAAUUUCCCUCUGGGAUUAUUAAAGUAUUUUGAGUUUAACUGAAUGCUUUCUUGCCAGUUCAAGAGAAGCUUGUGGCACACGUUUUCGUAAUUCAACUUGUUUCAUCAGCUAGGUGUGUUGUGUAUCCUGAACCUGAGGUUUUUAACAUAUCCAGCAGAAUGAUUGGUUAUUUUCUUUGGGUAACCAUAGCAAUCUAAACUGCUUUAAUCAACUAUUUAUACAUUUAAAUUAAAUUUAAACAUUAAAAGUAUUUAGUUUAUAAAUUUAGCUAACUCAGAAUAAACAACCAUAUUACUGUGAUUUUACUUCAUUCCGUCAGACAAUGCUCUAUGCAAUUACAUUGCAUUUACAGUGAACAUUUUUACAUUUUGUCACAUUAGAACCACAAACUUCUACUGUGGUGUAUAGAAUAUAACAAAACAAAGUGGCACAUUAUUGUGAAGAAGAAAGAAAGAACACCUGGUUUUCAAGACAUUUUCCAAAUACUAAACUGUAGGUUGCAUUUGAAUUCAGCCUCCCUGAUUAUUCUAGAAAUAUAUUUUGGUGGACUUACUGCUGCAAGUCAUUUGAGAUAUGAGUGGGCCAUUCUGCUACACAAAUAUGAUUUUAUAUAAACCAACAAAACAUUAGAUAGAGCCUUCACAAAUAUUAAAGGAGCUUUCAUGACAGCCCUCGCCUUGAUUUAUCAGACCAUCAUUCUGUAAUUUUAAUUCCUACCUGUAAGCCCCUGCUUACUAGAGGAAACCCCAUUUAGAAGUAGGUGAGGGUCUGGACUGUGGGAUGUGUGUCAGCAUUACACACAUCCCAAUGCACGGUCUAGGAUAUGGACUCAACACCCCCCUUGUGUAACUGGCUGUCUGAUUCCCUCACAGACAGACCCCAGUCUGUGGGGGUUGGCAAAAAUCCCUCACGGGUCAUCUCUCUCAGCACUGACUCCUUCUAUGUACUAAGCCCACUGCUCUUCACCCUGAUGAACAAUGACUGCUAUGCCAGAACAACAAUGAACUGGCUUGCUGAGAGGAGGCGAGACACCUGAUGGACUAGUGUGAUGCAAACAAUCUAAUCCUGAAUGUCAACAAAACAAAAGAAAUUGGCGAUUUCAGAAAAAAAAGAUCAACAAAGUCACUCCCCCCUCCUCAUCAAUGCUGUCGAGCGGGUCAGCAGGAUUAUAUUCCUGGGGAUACAGAUCACAGACACUUUGACUUAGUCCCUCCAUACCUUUGGUCAGGUGACGAGAGCACAGCAACGUCUGCACAUUUUGGAUGAGAAGAGCAAACCUCUCCCUUCCCAUUCUCACCACUUUCUACCGAGGCACUACAGACAACAUGACAACAGCAUCUCUGUCUGGGUUGGGACGUGUGAUGCCUCUGAUUGGCAUUAUGUAGAGAGAGCGGUGAAGACAGCUGAGAGAAUAAUCAGGACUGGUUUCCAUCUUUGACACAGCUCGCAGUCACUGCCUCACCAGGGCUCGGGCAAUCACAAAAGACCCCUUCAGUCCUCACCAUUGUUUGUUCUCCUUGCUGACCUCUGGCAAAAGAUUCAGCAGCUUCAAAUUAAGAAAAACGGCUUCAUCCCUCCUGUGAUAAGACUGAUAAUCAGUGGAAAUAUGUAGAAUACUUGUUUUUAUUCUAUGUAUUCGUACUAUUUUUAUUUUUCUUGACUCGUUUUCAGUUUUUAUUUUAUUUUAUCAAAAUUUGAAAAUAUGUUCAAGGCAUAUGAAUGCUUUUGGCAAUAGACACCCUAUUUAGCAAAACCCCCACGGUGAUCUAGAAAUAAACUGGACCAUAACUUUUGUUUAAGCUCGUGAAGCGUAUUUUAAAUUAAUUAAAAACAUUAUUGUAUCUAGAGAUUUCUAGCCUGGGGCUAGAAACGUUUCGCAAUCAUUUCCUAGCCUCAGGCCACCGUACUGCGUCAGCUGUGAUGUCAUUAGCAAAAACAAGGUUCACAAAGUGGGUAUUGAAUGCUUUCUUCAUCCUAACAUCUGUUCCUAAUUAGAAAUUAUCCAAUUUAAAAAUCCACGGCGGAACGUUCGGCUCGCUUGCGUUGUAGCGCAUGCGCUCCAUGGUUUGUUGCGUCUCGCUUUUAUUUUACUAACGAGAUUUAGCUUACGGGACGCUAGCGUCAUGCUAAUAUCGAGGUGAAUAUCUGAUGUCAGCAGUAAACAGUAAUAAUAUUUAGCGUUAAAUCACGUCACGCUAUCACCUGCUAACCAGGGAAUCCGAUACCGACAAAUAGAUGUCUGGCUGAUCCAAACCAAAAGCACUCCUAAAGAUUUUCCCCAAGCAGUUUUGAAAGUGGACACUAAAGGACAGACUCGCAAGGUGUCAGGACACAGUGGACCAUGUCGGACCUGGACACCCUCAUCGUGACCUUUCAGAGCCAGCUCUCCGAUGUGAUGGAGGCUGUAGUGAAGACGGCGAUGUUUGAGGUGACCAGGCUGGUGGAGGAUGUCUUCAUGAUGGAGGUGAGGCGCAGCAAACUGGAGGUGGACUCGCUGAGGCUGCAGCUGCAGUGGACUGGGAGCAAACGCGGCGGGGAUGCAGAAAGGACCGACGGGUCUCUUGAGUUGGAGAGCAAUGAGGCAGAUCAGAGUCCUGUCGUGGUAAAAGCAAAAGCAGAGGAGCAUGACACAAUGAGUGACUGCGAGGUGAAGAAUCCAGAUGGUGCAGUAGAACAUUGGUUGUCAAAUGGCAGGGAAGAAUCCAAGACGGAGUCAGCAGACAAUCCAGAACCGAUCCAGAGCCCUGGAAGAGAGUCUAAGGUCGCAGGAGAAAAGGAAAUCAUGGCAUCUAUGGAAAUGAAAGAAGAAGAACUAAACAAACUGGCCUCUUGUUCUCUGCAUUUGAGAGAGUGGAGCAGUACUUCUGCUCGUGAAGCUGAACCAGAGAAUGCAGGUGACUUGGUUGAGGCACAGCCGACACCAGCCCAAACAUACAGUGAAGAGCUGCAGAGAAAUGUCAUUAAGAGAGACCCACACAUGUCCACUGAUUGUGCGUAUCCCGAGAUCCAGGACGAAACAGAAGUGGCGGCGGACCAGACCGAUGUUCUAGCUUUUGAACUUAAUUCCAAGUGGGCUGACUUGGCGGCCACAGCAGCUGGGCUCCAGCAGAAUCACAAGCUUGGCACAGAACCUGAGUUUCCAGGCCCACCUAAAGGUUCAGUGAAUUAUCUGGAGCAUGAGCUUUCUGGCUCUGCCAGAGCAGAUGCUCAGUUUACCUCAGUCAGAGAUCAGGUUUCCUGUUCGGAAUCUCCCAAAGCCAGACUGCGAGCCAACAACACGCCUAGCGUGAUCGUUAAAGAAGAAGUCCUUAUCGAUUCUGAUGGGUUUACAGAAGGGGCGAGUACAGAAAAGAAAGCUGGGACGCAAUCAUUCACCGGUUCGUUACAGAAACAAAGGAUGAACUCAGCACAUAAACCAAACCACUUCCACCACAGAUCCUCAGCACAGGAGGCAGUGAAGCUCCAGUCUCAUAGGGGUUCAGGACUCAGGCUACAGGCAGCCAUACAACACCUCCACCGACCAUUGAAGAAGUCUCCACAGAGACUAUCAAACAUGACAGCAGCAGCGCUCUCCGACCCUCGCUCUCAGGUUGCACCUUUAAAUAACCCUAACAGGAUUUCCCCCACAUCCAAAGCCGCCUCAUCUUUGCAGCCACUGCAGCGCGUUCACCUGGGUGACAAACAGACCGUAGCUCUGCACCGCGCCAGUGCCUCUUGGGUCAGCAUCAAAUCCCACAAUCACCCUGCAAACUGCCAUCAGUCGCCCCGCAACCCCGUCUCCCUUCCUGACUCUCCACUUUACAGGCCCUUCCUGCGCUGCGAGGAGUGUGACAAGAGCUUUCCACAUCCCAGCAACCUGAAAGCCCACAUGCAGAUUCACACAGGCGAACGGCCUUUUUGCUGCCCGCUCUGCGGCCGCAGCUUCACCAAGCUCAGCAACCUCAAAGCCCACCGGCGCGUCCACACAGGCGAGAGACCUUACUGCUGCUUGGCAUGCGGCAAACGCUUCACCCAGAAAUGCAACCUGAAACGCCACCAGAGGAUCCAUCUGGACGUUUGACCUCAGAGAUCUGAAGGAAAAAGAAAAUUCAUGAGUGUUUGUGUUUUAGCGUAAGACGGUCAGGGCUCAUGUUGCAGUGCAGCACAGUUGGUGGGCUGCAUCAUGAGACUACAUCUCUAGAUAUGAUUAGUUCUGUGCAUUCCUAUGAAGCUCACCUGUUUAACCUCUACAAGUGUGCUGGGCUCACUGUAGGACGACAAACACUGUGUGUGGCGUGUGUUUCAUAUUGUUAGAUGAACCAGCUAAUAGUUAUACCAGAAGCUAAAUGUUUAGAGUCAUUUCUUACGUGGACUGAAAGUUAUUUCUAAAGGUACAGUGUCAUGAAAAAGUGUUUGCCCCCUUAAAGAUUUUUGCUAUGAAGCAGCAGUUUCAUGUUCCAAAUCAACUUUAAUAUCAGACUAAAACCAAUAGAAAGCAACCUUGUCCUGGGUUGAUUUGAUUGAAUAGUCCCAACUUAGUCCUAAUUCCUCAGUCCCAACUGAGGAAUUACCUAUAUUUUUGAUGAGUGAUAGACAUCAACAAUCAAGAUAAUCAAUUAAAUAGAACUUGUCUGAUAACAUGAAAUCAUUUCUUGGAUUUCAAAAAGCAACACAUUAUCCCCUUGUCUAAACAAACUUAGCAGAUGAGAAAUGGUACUCAACAGCCUGGAAAGGGUUACCAAGUCAUUUCUAGAGUUUUGGGAGUCCAGUGAAACAAAAUUCAGUCUUGAUCCACACAAAGCGAGAAAAUGUGGAAUAGUAGUGAACUUUCCCAGAUAUAGUCGGUCUACCAAUAGAAUACAAAGGACCCCAGAGCAACAUCUAAAAGCACUGCCAGCCUUACUUCAGUGAAGAUCAGUGUUCAUGAUUAAAAACUAAAAAGGCAAGGCAAAAUCAUACCUUGUGUAUGAUGUUGCACCAUUCAACAUCAUACACAAAGGGAAUUCUGUGUAUGAUAUGGGAUGUGGAAAGCAGAAUCAUCCAUGGAAGAGUUUCAAGCCCAAAACUGUUGCUGACAUCACUUUGAAUUUUGGAAUAAGAUUCUGUAAAUGUUCUGUGUCCUUUUACAUCCAUUAGAACAUGUCCAGCCAUCAGUUUAUGACCUUCAGCUCAAGCGCAUUUGUUCAGCAGGACAAUAAUCCAAGGUGCUAAUAUGUUCAAAUUCUAAGGCUCAAAAUAGCAUCAUGAAGGUUUUGGGGUGGUAUAGUCACCACCCCAGUGUCUGAACUUUACUGUCAGGAACUUUAGGUCAAAGUUCAGACCUAAAUGUGGUUGAAAUACUGCAGCAUACAUGCCCAAUGACACAACCUUUUACUUUGUUCUUUUAUGCAUAAAAGCAUAAUUUGAAAACUGCUUUUUGUGUUUUCUCUGGUUAUAGUUGUCUGGUAUUAGAUUUGUUUAAUUUCAAACAUUAAAGUGUGACUAGAAAGGAAAAGCAGAUGCAUUUCAACAUACUGCUAAGGGGCAGUUUUUUCACUUUAUUAAAGUGAAAAAAGAAAGGAUUCCAAUUUAAAUUUUUGCUGUCAGGAAAAAUGAGUUGGCCUAAAAACAUCUCUUAUUUAAUAUUGGUUCCUAUAGUAUUAAUGACCACAGCACUCAUGAGCUAGAGCACAGUUUCUUACACAAGUUAUUCCGAAUGAUCGCUACUGACUGAUAAUUGUAUUAGCUCAAAACUUUGUUUUAAUCCUAAAUUAAAAUUCCAGCAUUGUUAUAUGAUGUAAAAAUGUCUUCUGAUAUAUAUAUAUAUUGUCUCACAUUGUAAUACUUUUA